AUGGGCACAUCCAAGCAGAUACUGGAGUGGCCGUCAGAUGACCAAGAUGACGUGGACCGCAUCCAAAUGCUGGGGCAGUUGGCAUACGAUCUGACUGAUGCUGUCACUCGGGAUGGAUGGUGUUGCAUUCGUAUGAAUGAUGAUGCCUUGGUGCGGGAUGCUGCCAUUUUGGAAGCCAGGUCACUCUCCAACUUCGCGAGUCCGCGUGCCGAGCUGAUGCCAGAUUUCUUCGGGCAGGAUGGCUCUGGAAAAAUGGCAACUCUGCAGGACUCUUCCGGCGUUGCCAGUGCUUCUUGGGCCCUGUCGGAGCUUGAUGCCGAGCUGACAGCGCUUUGCAAAGUCAUGGCACCGCUGUCGGCGCAAGCGCUCGGCUUCACUUGUGCUGGACGGAGGAAAGGCUUGGUGUGGAUGCCUUUCGCAGACCAGGAGGAGUCUGACAGGCUUCGCCCACAGCCCUUAACUGAAGAGGAUGUGGACGCAGGCGUGCUAGAGAAUCAUCUGCAAUUCAUCCAAAGAAGAAGGCUAUGCCUGAUGCGGUGGAUUGCAAAUGACGGUGGUGUUCUGGAGCUCUUGCCAAGACCAGGUCAAAGCGCUUUCAAGGCUAUGACAAUUCCAAUAGUGGAGAAUCGGCUGCUAGUUUUCCGAAGCGAUUUGUUCAGCUUUUCUUACAAGCCACUUGGAAGAGGCUCCCUGGCACUGAUGACAUGGAUUCUUGACACGGGGUCGCAGGCUGCGCGACAAACUGCCAAAGGCUUCUUUGGCGUGGAUGAUGCACUUCAGCACUCCGAAGCUCUUGGGAUUUUUGUGGGUCCUCCUAUGCCAACUGGCUACAGAAUGCAUAUUAUGGCCAUGCACACCCACACGCCGGGUGGAUCACACGACUUGGAUGGGUUUGAAUGCAUGUUAACGUCUGGUGUUGAUGGUUUCAUUCACAUUCCGGCUACAAGGUUUGAUACAGAGGUAUACUGCUGCCCAGAAGGAGAAAAGUUUCCUGGCCAAAGUUAUGUCAGACAUGCCGCCAUGAUGUCGGACCAGGAAAUCACGUGCUUUGACAACAAUUUCUUUGGAAUUCGGGAAGAUGAAGUGAAGACGAUGGCGCCAAACCAACGCCUAAUCUUGGAGGAUGGCUACGCGUGCCUGCGGAAAGCUGGCUUCGACCGCAAAUCACUUGCGGGCCGAAAUACCGCUGCUUUCCUCGGUGAUACGGGCGCGGACUGGGAUCCCUUCUGGCAGAUUAAGGCUCUCGAGAACCCCAGGAAUCCCGGUCGUCCUGUGCCAUAUGGGAACUGUGAAGGCAGCCACCUCACCUACGGUGGAGUCUCCAAGGCAGUGUCUGCUGGAAGACUGUCACAUGUUUUCGGACUCUCUGGUGGUUCGACCAACAUCGAUACAGCUUGCUCUGCUUCAUUGGUCGGUGUCUCCACAGCCGUGCAGGCCAUGAGGAAGGGCAGCAGUGGACAGGUGAAGCCAGUAGCAGACAAGCACAACUUGGAUGCUCUGUGCAUGGGCAUCAACAUGCUGACUAGUCCCUGGCCAUUCAUCGGUCUCUGCGGCCCGUCGAUGCUGGCAGCAAAGGGCCGAUGCUUCACUUUCGACGUCUCUGCAGAGGGCUACGCGCGAGGAGAUGGUUUCGGUGCUGUUUACAUCAAGCCGAGCGACAAUGAUGAGGAUUACCUCAAUCAGCUUUGCUGCCUGAUGGGCGCCUACGUCAACCAAGAUGGUAGAAGUGCAACGCUCACAGCUCCCAACGGCAUGGCGCAGCAAGCUUGCAUUCGCGAGUCCAUGCGUGAGGCCAUGGUGGCUGCCAGCCAGAUCACGAUAGCUGAAUGCCAUGGAACCGGGACAGCUCUCGGAGAUCCGAUUGAAGUUGGUGCCCUGAGAGGGGUCAUGGAACCGCGAGACACUCCAUUGCUUACAACGAGCGCAAAGUCCAACAUCGGGCACACAGAAGCGUGUGCAGGAAUGAUCGGUCUUAUCAAAUGUGUCAGCAUGGUGUCCAGAUCAGCAGCGGAUCCGAAUUGCCAUCUGAACUCGCUGAACCCUCACUUGGAUGUGGAAGGCUUUCCAUCUUCGUUUGAGACAGAAUCUGUUGAAACCCGUCUCAACAGCAACUACGCUGGAGUGUCGUCUUUUGGCUUCAGUGGAACAAAUGCUCGUGCAGACGUCUGGAGCCAGUGCAAGUCAGGUCCUAGAAAGGCCCGUUCUCGGCUGGACAUCUCGAAGGCGGAUCAGGUGCACUUGCGCUGCCCUAUCACUCUUGGACUCAUCGAGGCAACAACUGGAGAGCCGGUCACAGAAUCCUUCAAAAAACGCCGAGGAUACAAGGCUGAUGUCCUUCGCGACGAAUGGGCGCCUUAUGACAUCUCGUCGCAGGUGUACAAUGGAGGGUUUCGCUAUCGCCGCCCUGUCGUGCAGGAUGAGGAGGACUCAGACUUCGAAUCUGAUCUCUACAUUUUGGGAUCCUGGAGCGGAUGGACUAAGAUGGAGCCGAUGGAACGCAAGGGAUCAGGACUAUUUGUGGCACCCGUGAUUUUGGGUGAGACUCGAUGCGAAAUGUUCCGACUCUGUGCGGACAUGGACCAAUCCAUGGCGAUUUAUCCGAUCAUCAAGGAUGCAUCCAGCAAGAUCUGGAUUGAGGGUCCAGAUGCCAAGAGCAAUGGUCGUUAUUGGCUGAUCGAUGGGCGCGAGCUCGACAUGCCGAGUGGGACUCUUUGCGAAGUUGCUUUUCAAUGGGGCCCCGAGAUUAAAACGAUUUCCUGGAAGCAGGUUGGUGCUGCUAUUGCUGCUGACCACCACAUGGUUGAGCCUUUCGCGCACAGCUACAGCCUGACCGGAAGCUUUACGUCUGGGCACUUCCAAGAAAUGCGCAGUGUUCACAGUGGCACCUGGGAGGGCGGCUUCCAUCUGGGAGUGUCAGGCGAGGAAGACUUUCAGAUUGCGAGGGAUGGUGAUCUGAAUCAGUUGAUCUACCCGGCAAAGAACGGAGCAAUUAGAACUACAGUUCCCGUGCGUGGACCAGACAGCCUCGGACACGGUAAAUACUGGCGCAUUCAUGGAAUGCCGAAUGAGGACAUGAAAGUGAUCCUGGAGGUUGUGGAGGGACACGUCAAGGUCACCGUGUCAUCAGAAGUCAGAGGAGACAAGACGUGGGAAAGCGAAGAUGGCUGGGCGCGCCAUAGCUACUUUGCCUAUGCCUCAUGGAGCGGCUGGGUCCCUGUCCAGAUGGUGGCGGAUCCCUGC